AUGUCAAAACAAGGCAGACACUUGCCGUGGACUAAGCUGGGGAAGAUUCAGGCUUUCCUUAGACGGACGGUAUUACCGUAUUUAACUUGUUCUUCAUUUUCGGUAACCCAAAAUUGUCCCGAUUACUCACCGAAACACAAAACCGAUUUCAUAUCUUUGAAGUUCGUUGAGUCCAGAUCACAAAUAUCCAAGGUUCAUUUCAUUCCGGCGUCGUUUCACCGAUCAAAAGCGACGUUGAAGUCAGGUACUCACGAAGGCAGCCAGCACUGCGUCGGUGACGGUUUCCAGCUUUCGGUCGAUCAUUUGGACGAUCAGAAGUUCAUCCUCUUCACACAAGGAAACAUGGAUUUUGGACAGAGAAGUGUGAAAAAGUACAAUCUCAUCAAUCCAAAGAUAGAUGAACUAAAGAAACUGGUUUCUUCGAUCGCAGAUCCUAUUGGUUUCAGAGACAGAUAUGGGGCACUUAUAUCUUUAUUGACACUUAGGAUGGAAGAAGGGUUAUUGCAGACAUUAGUACAGUUCUAUGAUCCAGUCUAUCACUGUUUCACAUUCCCAGACUAUUAACUCAUGCCUACAUUGGAAGAGUAUGCCCAGUUGCUUCACAUCCCAGUUGCUGAUACAAUACCUUUCUCUGGUUCAGAAAAGUUACCCGAGCACAGUUCUCUUGCAAAAGUGUUGUACAUGAAGAAGUCAGAAUUCAAGAAUAACUUCACCACCAAAGGAGGACUUCCAGGUUUCACUGCCAAGUUCUUAAUGGGGAAGGUUUCUUAUUUUUCCAGUCAAGGUUGUGAUAUUAUUGUGGAGCAUCUGUUCGCCUUGUUGAUCUACAGUUUGUUACUAUUUCCUAAUAUUGAAGGUUUUGUGGAUUCAUAUGCUAUACGCAUCUUCCUAAGUGGUAAUCCUGUUCCAACUUUGCUCGGAGACACCUAUCAUUCCAUCCAUUACCGUACUUUGAAAG